CAACGCAACCUUUGGGUACAAUCAUCUGAAAGACCUACUAAAAUGGACGAGGAGUAUUUCCUAGCUCUAGAGAGGGAAGUAAAUGAGGAAAGAAGGAAAAGGGAGAAAGGUGGACAGAAAACUGUAGUAAGUCACAAGAAGGAGUCGGGGGCCAGGAGGAGCUGCUAUAGCAGGCGGGCACGAACAUUAUUGAAAAACGCCAAAGAGAUAGCAGUAGAAACAAGAUGCUCCGUGAACUUGUCAAUUCGUCCAACAUGGAUGAAGGGAAAAAGCUGGUGCUUCUCCACACCAGAUGCAGCUACCCCAAGAUCAAGAGAUCGGAAUAACCGUGAGACGGAGAGGGACAUUGCUGCGGCAUCGGUAAUGGCAACGCCCAGAAAACGUCAUGCCAUUGUAGAUAACGUUGAUGGGCCCAGUACUGGCAAGCUCAACAAGGAUGCUUGUCGUGUCUGUAACCGCCCAGAGGACAUUGACCUCUGGAUCGGGUGCAGCUUCACAAAGCGAUCCAAAUCUGCUUGCCAGUACUGGGUCCACCAGAAAUGCAUUGGCCUGGCGUACAUGUCUGAAAAGGAGCUGGAGGCCGUUCCAUUCUACUGCCCUCAUCACAUCAAAGACAUUUGAACAUUAUUUUGAAACGUUUGAUUAAUUCUAACUC